CGGGACGGCUACGCCACUGAAUCAAGUAUAUACUCUCAGGGAGGUUCCGAAUUUUCAAGUCCUUUAUUGAUGCACCAAACACGUGAUUUGGGUUGUUGUGACUUGUCGGCGACGCGACUUGACUUUAAUCCACAUCCUUAAGAUCCUCUAUGCUUUCCCUCUAGCUUUAAAUUCUGCUGUAAACCCACCCCAACGCUUGACAAUCACAUUUCCUACCCACAACGAAUCCCAAACAGCCAAAUCAUGUCUGGAUUGAAAAAUUCGCCUUUCGGCAAGCGCUUGCGCGCAUCACAACAGGAAACUGAUGAUAGUACGCCUAGGCGGAAUCGGCCACGAAUAAAUUCAGUUUUUGGCGUUUCUCCAGCUGGCUCCGCGACCCCCUCGCUCGAUUCACGACCCACAACAAGCAGCGACAGCAGCGGCGGACCGGAUUCGCCAGUCGAUGCACCGCGAGUUACCAGAGAUUAUGGAGACAGAUUUGUGCCAUCGAGGGAUACAGGAGAUAUGCGUACAUCCUAUCACCUUAUGGAACAAGAACUCUCUACACCGUCCAAGAAGAACAGAAUCAUUCCCUCAGAGUCCGACGCCCUGAAAGAACAAGCAAAUGCUUUAUUCUCUUCUAUACUUCACACAGAAGUCACUCCCCCAUCUCCCCAUCGACCAUCUUCUCCCACUCGACCACCUGUUGCUUCCACUUCUGCUGCUCCUCCUUCUACUCCCACUCGACGGCGUCUAUUCGCUUAUAGUUCCCCUUCUCGUUCUAAUCCCAGCACUCCUUCUCGCCGCCUCGACACACCCACUGAUGAAGCCUAUUCGAUGAGUCCUGUACGAGCUCAGAGUCGGCAGUUACUCGAAAGCCCUCGCCGACAGCUCAGGAGUGUUUGUAAGACACCCUACCGUGUUCUCGAUGCACCGGAACUCGCAGAAGAUUUCUAUCUUAAUCUUGUGGACUGGUCGAGCACUAAUGUUCUCGGCGUUGGACUUGGGUCAUGUGUAUAUCUCUGGACCGCUCAUAAUGCCGCCGUCUCCAAACUAUGCGACUUGGCGGAAUCGCGGGACACCAUCAGCUCGGUAUCCUGGGUACAGAAGGGCUCAACUCUUGCUGUUGGCACCCUCUCAGGGACAUUACAUGUAUACGAUGCCUCCACCCUGCAACUUAUACGUACAUAUCCCCAAGCCCACGGUCAACGUAUCGGUGCCAUAGCCUGGAAUGCGCACAUUCUCUCCUCUGGCUCGCGUGAUCGGAUGGUUCAUCACCGUGAUGUACGUGAAGCAGACACGAGACCGUUCAAAAGAUGCCAAGGACACAAGCAGGAAGUCUGCGGUCUCAAGUGGAGCGGUGAUGGAGGCCCAUCGUCUGCGAAUCUUGCCAGUGGGGGUAACGACAACAAGGUGUGCAUAUGGGACUUGCGAGGGUCCAGGCGUGCUGCAGCCGGGUUACCAAAUGCAGGAAGGCCGGUCCCGGGAACGUCAAGUGGUGAUGAUGCUGGCGCGGGCGAUAUACCGCUAUGGAAGUUUCACGAGCAUACCGCAGCAGUCAAAGCACUGGCAUGGGACCCACACGUUUCAGGCGUCCUUGCCACUGGAGGCGGAACGCAGGAUAAGCAUAUCCGUUUCUGGAAUACUGGGACAGGAACCAUGCUCAACGAGCUCGACACAGGAAGCCAGGUUUGUAACCUGAUUUGGUCAUUGACUUCGCAUGAACUUGUCUCUACUCAUGGUUUCUCUUCUACGACCGCUCAAAAUCAGAUAUGUAUAUGGAAAUAUCCAACUCUGAACAUGGUUGCUUCUUUAACCGGGCACACUAAUCGAGUGCUUUAUCUAGCCAUGAGUCCGGACGGCGAAACAAUUGUCACCGGUGCUGGUGACGAGACGCUAAGGUUCUGGAAUGCCUUUCCGAAGAAAGAGUCUAGUGAGAGAGAGAAGGACAGUCGGCUGGAUUAUGGGAAGUUAAUCCGGUGAUGGCACUCUUAAUUUCUCGAGCACGUCUUGUCCCCUAUUUGCUCUAUCUAAUCAUAUACUAUUGCGUCAACCACAACAUCUCAUUCCUUUCCACAUCGACUCAUCAUAUGACUCCCUGACCCACUCGCAGCAUCUAUAUACAUACUCAACCUGCCCUUGCCUGGUCUGAAUGCACGAUGACCCCGAUUCUUUUUCAUAUGCAACAUAUAAGACAUAUCAUAUACAUACCUAGAUCGUCUCUAGCACCCCUUCUCUCUGUCAUGUACACAUUCC